AUGUCAACAAUGAGAAACAACAAUAGAAUAGGAGUUGAAAAUGAUUCUGAAACAGUUACUUCGAAUACAACGCAACCAACAACAUUAUGUGAACAUUUGAAAAGAAGAAAAAUGAUGUGGAUCACAUUUACUAUUAUUGUACUUGUUAUGAUUAUAACAAUUCCAAUUGUUAUGGUUGAAACAAAAAAGACAAACAGUGAAACAACAUCAACAACAGAAGAAAUGGAAGCAACAACAGGUAGUUAA